GGGUAUGGUUACACGAUAAAUAAUUGUUUGGUAACCAAGUCGCAAGUUGGUAUGUGCAACAAAAAAAGACAUGUUUUUUUUUCAAAAAAACGUAUUUCAACACUUUUGAUGUUAAUGUUGCUUAGCAUGGUUAUAUCCAGUUGUUGGCGCGGGGAUACCAAGUUUGAGAUAGGCGGACUAGGGGGUGUAAAAUAGCAUUUUAUUGUCAGCUGAUUAACGGACAAAACACGUCUGCAUAAAAUGUUGACUUUGUAAUAUUUUUUGUGUAAAUAUUAAGCGAAAAGUUUGUUUCUCUAAUAUACAAUACUCUCCAAUCGUUGUGAUAGUGUUUCUUCCACAAGCAAAUCCCUGCCUUAUUUCAAAUUUUCAAUUAUUUUUGUAAAAAACAUAUAUUGGUGACUAUAUUAAUAGAGGCAAUGACAACCUCAUCCGCAGGGCAUAUAGCCGUCUCGAUGUCAAAAAGAUACAAGGUGCCCUGGGGAUGAGGUUGUGGCAAUUUGUUAUUCCUUGCUAUUCUGAGUGUCCCACAACGUGCUUCAAUAAUAUAUAUCCGUAAAAACCUCUCACGAAGGGAGAUCUGAAGAAAUUUGUGAGGAAGCAUACAGAUUCAUUUGAAUGGCCAGAUGACAGAUGUGUUGUGAAGCUACCUUUUUAGAACUUUUAAGAAUAUCUUUUUAGUAUUUUUGUUACAUUCAGCAAUAAAGAAAUCCUAACCCCGUCCCCAGGACUUUUAUUCUCUUGUCGUCAGAGAUUUUCAGAAAGAAAAAAGGCCUAGGUAUGAGGUUGGAGAAAUCGAGAAUUAUAAUCUCUUUUGCGCACUACAUUUAUUUGUCAGAACAAAUACACAGGCUUCAUAUAAUCUUUAACGCUUUGUCUCCGAGAUAUCUUUGAUGUGCAUACCCUUUUAAAAAAAUGCUCAUGGAGACCAUUCUAGUGAAUAAAGUCGAUUCUCGUGAUAGAAUGAACAUUCUGCAUGAUUCGACUUAUUCGAAAUGAAAUAUUACGAACAGCGCUGGAAACUGUGAACACUGAAACUGACUGUGCGAAGCAGUUGUCGGUAAUUUUGUUGAAAGCAGCAUAUAUUCAAAUAGAGAAAGUUGACGAAAAUUUGAUAGUUACUAUUAAACAAAAAAGUAGCCAGAGAAUGUGGAAUAAUUUCCUGCAAUAAAUUGUCAAAACAUAGAGACUGGAGUGUCUUGCAUCAAUUUCUGAAAAAAAAAACAAAAAGAUGGCGGUUAGAUUGCUUGAGAUCAUAUUGUUGUCUGCACACUGGUUACUCAGUUAUGCUUACGUCCCUCCAGCACCAAAGCUGAUAACAUUCUGGGGGCAAAAUUCAGCAUUUAAAACAAUAGGUAGGACAGAGAAAUCACUAGCAUUGAUGUGCAAUGAUAAGUCACCCUACCAAACAAUUGUCAUUGGCUAUGUCAGUAGGUUCUUUGAUGAAAGGAACAAAGAUUCGCUACCUGGAAUGGGUUUCUCCUUUCAUUGCACGAAAGGUACUGAUGAGAGUCAUCCAGCGUUAUUAUACUGUCCACGUAUUGCGAAUGACAUUCGAUUUUGUCAUGAGCAUGAACGCAAAAUAUUGAUUGGUAUCGGUGGCCCAAAUGCUCCUUCUAAAUUUGAAAGUCCGAAUCAUGCUGAAAAAUUCGCAAAGACGAUCUGGCAUUUAUUUCUCGAUGGUGAUGACAUGCCCGAUUUGAGGCCAUUUGGAAGCGUUAAACUAGAUGGAAUCAACUUAUACAUGGACGAUCAAGAUUCGCAAUAUGUUGAUAUCUUUCUACAAACACUGCACAGCUUAAGAAAAACAGUAACAGAUAGAAAUUAUCUCUUAACAGUGUCUCCAUCUUGUAUGUUCCCCGAUCCAUAUUUUGGACCUGGUCCAAAAACGGUACUUGAUUCAAGUAUAAAUAUUAUUGAUCAGGUAGGACCCUUUUUAUAAGUAACUGGUUGUGGUAAGUGUGACCAUAUCUACACGACAGCUCGUAAUGCUGCACGCCACUAAUUAAUCGUUAUGUUGAUAAACAUUUAGUUCGUUUUAAAGCAGGUACUUCAGUGACUAAAUAACCCCCUCACGCACGAAAAAUUUUCUCUGGUUAAUGAUUCCUCGAUAUUUUAUUCCCUGACAUAAAUUUUCUCCGACGGAUGCACUGAUAUACGUAUCGAAACGAGGCUAUCAUUGUUUCCUGGUAAAAAAAACUCCGACGGAUGCACUGAUAUACGUAUCGAAACGAGGCUAUCAUUGUUUUCUGGUAAAAAAACUUGUAACGCUGUCAAUAAAAUAAUACUAAUUACUAAGACAAAAUGACUAAAUCAGAAGGUGGAAAUUUUAAAAAUUGCAAUCUUGUAUACUACUGAGGUGAAUUUUUGUCAGGAGAAAGCGACGUAAUAAUUUACUACUGAAAAAAGUUUCCUCGACGUAGCUUUUCUCCAACAAGGUACUUUUUUCUUUGCCCGAUCACAUUUGGCAUGACUUUUAACUUCCGCUCUUUCAAUACGAUGUAUUCAUUAACCUUGAAAAAAUUUAUAAUUUGU